AUGCCCACCAAAGAAUUUCUCAACCUAUUGGCAGUGUUAUUCCUGUUAAUCACAACAACAGUCACUAGGACGACUGCGGAUGAAGACGAACAUAAUGCAAAAAUUACCGAUUUUCGUAUAGCUCCUGCCGAUGAAAAAGGUGUUUUCAAAUAUGCCUAUGCCACCAGUAAUGGUAUUUCUGUACAAGCAGCUGGCAGCCCACUGGAAUCAAUUGGCAUCUAUAGUUACACAUCGCCCGAAGGCGUACCCAUUGAGGUGCGUUAUAUUGCCGAUGAAUUAGGUUUCCAUGUUGUUGGGCGCCAUUUACCCCGUCCACCACCAAUACCGGAUUAUAUUCUACGCUCAAUUGAAUACAUCAAAGCCCACUCGACACCAGCGCCACCUACAGAAUAA